AAUAUGUAACAACUAAAGGAAUCAUAUAUGAAUUUUAGCCUCACAAUAAUUAACUGGAAAUGCAUAUAAAGAUUCUUGUUAUAUUUGAAGCAUAUUAAGUUAUUAGAUCUAAGUUAGAAAACAUGAAAAGACAGUCCAACUGUAGAACAGUGUUCUGGCAUUGCCUACCUAAUUACUACUUACUAGUCAUAAUAAUCCUACUUAAUUAAGCUCUAAGGAUAAGAUAAAAUAAAUGCACAGGUGAAGCACGUGACCUAGGUUAGUCAAAUCGCGUGGGCUUUUCAUGAAUUGAAAAACCCAAAACCACAGCAGGCCCGGGCCCAGGAGCAUAUUCCUUUGUCCGUCUAUUCGAUCUCUUUCCGCAAUCAAUUUUCCCCACGAGUUGCCAGUCAGAUUCCGGUCUCCGUUGGACUCCCCAAUUCUUUCCUUCUUCUACUACUUCUUCGUUCAGUCCAAUCCGGUUCCCCGAUCGCCGGAGCUCAUUCAGCAGGACGACGUUCGCCGUGCAAACAUGCCGGGGGAGACCGACUCUAUCGACUACGUCAUGGAGAAGGCAUCCGGCCCUCACUUCUCCGGCCUCCGCAUCGACGGCCUCCUCUCUUCUCCACCUGCUUCCUCCACUUCCUCCCCAGCUCAUCGCUCCUCCUCCGCCGCCGGUGCAUUCGCCGAAGCUGAUGUCCCCCCCACGCAGCCCUUCGUCAUCGGGGUUUGUGGAGGUACGGCUUCAGGGAAGACGACGGUGUGUGAUAUGAUUAUUCAGCAGCUACACGAUCACCGUGUUGUGCUUGUGAAUCAGGAUUCGUUCUAUCGUGGGUUGACGCCUGACGAAUUACUACGUGUUCAUGAGUAUAACUUUGAUCAUCCAGAUGCUUUUGACACUGAGCAGCUUUUGGACUGCCUUGAAAAGCUUAAAAGUGGUCUGCCUUAUCAAGUUCCUAUAUACGACUUCAAGAGCCAUCAACGUUGUUCCUCUAGCUUUAGACAGGUGAAUGCUUCUGAUGUGAUUAUUCUAGAGGGUAUCUUGGUGUUCCAUGAUCAACGUGUCCGCAACCUCAUGAAUAUGAAGAUCUUUGUUGAUACAGAUGCUGAUGUGAGACUUGCUCGUAGAAUACGCCGUGACACAGUGGAGAGGGGUAGGGAUAUAAACUCUGUUCUUGAGCAGUAUGCUAAAUUUGUGAAGCCUGCAUUUGAUGAUUUUGUGCUUCCUUCCAAGAAGUAUGCCGACGUGAUCAUACCUCGUGGAGGUGAUAAUCAUGUUGCCAUUGAUUUGAUAGUGCAGCAUAUCCAGACGAAGCUUGGUCUACAUGACCUCUGUAAAAUAUAUCCAAAUGUGUACGUCAUUCAAUCAACUUUUCAGAUUAGAGGCAUGCAUACAUUGAUUCGAGACCGAGAAAUAUCAAAGCAUGAUUUUGUUUUUUAUUCAGAUCGACUUAUUCGGCUGGUUGUGGAGCAUGGCCUUGGUCAUUUACCAUUCACAGAGAAGCAAGUUGUUACCCCAACUGGGUCAGUUUACACUGGGGUCGACUUCUGCAAAAAAUUAUGUGGAGUCUCUAUUAUUCGAAGCGGAGAAAGCAUGGAGAAUGCAUUGCGUGCGUGUUGCAAAGGAAUUAAAAUUGGAAAAAUUCUAAUUCACCGGGACGGAGACAAUGGAAAGCAGCUUAUAUAUGAGAAGCUUCCCAAGGACAUUUCUGAAAGACAUGUGCUGCUUCUGGACCCUGUUCUUGCUACUGGUAACUCAGCAAACCAAGCAAUAGAUCUACUGAUACAGAAAGGAGUUCCAGAAUCCCACAUCAUAUUCUUGAAUCUAAUCUCUGCUCCUGAAGGCAUCCAUUGCGUCUGCAAAAGGUUCCCAUCUCUCAAGAUAGUGACUUCUGAAAUCGACAUUGCCAUAAACGAUGAGUUCCGAGUCAUACCCGGGCUGGGGGAGUUUGGUGAUCGUUACUUUGGGACCGACGACUAAACGACUUACCAAUCAACCGCCUGGUUUCUGCCUCCGCUACUAUGCCUUCAUGUAAGAGUAGAAAAUGAUUGUUCUCUCUCUCUCUCGCUCUCAGUCAGUAGUACUCAAUAUUGGGCAGUUGCUUCCGUUGUUACGUAGGCUGGAACCUGUUGUGCAAGAUACAUAGAACCUACAAUUGGCAGAUCACACAUUUGCCCAGUGGUAGGAAUUACCAACUAAUCCAAACCAUUAUAAAACCGACAAAAUAGUCCAAAGACAGCAUCCAUGUGUUUCUAACCGAAACUAACAACAUAAAACCAUUGGAACGUAGGUUGCAAGCUGCUGCACACGAUACUGAGAAGCUCCAAUCGGCAGGCCAUACAUUUCCCCCGUGGUAGGAUCCAAGACAUGCAGUUCCGCCGGAGCAUGACCACCCCAAAUAAUCACUUCCCCUUCUCUCGACAGUCCUAUGGGCCUCAUUAGCAUUAUUGAACUCCAUGAAGUAGUAGUUGUUGUCGGCUUCGAGCGCGAGAAGCCUGCUCCCAACUGAGGAUUUCCUCUUCUUGUAAACCUGAAACCCUAACUCGAUUUUGACCAGACACAAGUGAAAGACACCGCGAAUUUCCUAUAGAAAACUGAUGAAAUGAAAUUGACUAAUAAAAGAACACUUAAAAUGCUGAACAAAUAUUAGUUGUAACUGGGCCAGAAGUUUUAAGCCCAAUCGCUUAGUCUCUCAGGUCCAAUAGUUCAGAUCAGUUGGACUAAUCUGUUUAAUCCGGUGCGUUUCAAGGCAGAGCCUUCUUCUUCUCCCUUGUACUCCUCUGAACCGAACCCCUUGUUUCAGUUAUGAACUUAUACUAGCAAACACUAUCCAAGUUAGACAGAGUAGGAUUCACACUCAGCACAAACAGAGCAGAAGUAGAAAUGCACAAUCGGUUUUUACGUGGUUUCCAGAGUUGGGUCAAUUGAUUCCCAACUCUGACUAUUCCACGGUCGGAAGAUCACGAUGAUGUGAUUCCCGACGCUCCACUAAGCUUGCUGAUUGUUUUGUGAUUACAAUGAUGAACAGCUCCGAAAUCUCUCAAUCCAGUCCAGGACUGAUGAUUGAAUCAACCCCCACUCAGCUUCUUUACUAGCAAUCCUGCUACUGUGUUUCACUCAACACAAAACCCCCGACCCAAAUUCUCUCCAGAAAUCGGAUCACCCUGGCUUUUCUUAUCACUCACACACGCUACGACUUUAGCUCCCCAGUAUGUAUGAUCUCCAGAAAAGUGACCGGCUCUUCAUUCUCUUCAGCCCUUUUAUUUGGCAAUCACUGUGCCGUUGUCUUUCCUUUCCUUUUUCCUUCCUUGAAUGAGUUUAUGGCAAGAAGUUGAAAACUUUCCUUCUUGACCAUUUCUGUCCGUUCUUGGCUUCUUGUCCAUCACGAAAGAUAUGGCCUUGAUUUUCGGCUUCAUUUGACAGGCUCCUCAUUUGACAAGCUGCCUUCCUCCAACAAUCUCCCCCUCAGCUUGUCAAUGAUUCCCUUCUCAAGAGACUGUUGUUCCUGCAUGCUUUCCUGCACACAGUUCAACAAACGGUUACGUGCAGACUGUUCUAACAAUAUUUGUGAGAAUAUAAGCACACGAUGGGU